UCACUCAUACCUCCAUCAAGUUAUGUUAUCAUCUCACCAACCACCGGUCUAAAACUCACUGAGUACAAGCUACAAGCCCAAAGCCCACCAUGGCCCCGCCUGUAGAAAUCGCCAUCCCAACGACCAGCAUCUCCACCACCUCGCCCCCCUUCACAAUCUACAACAUCACCCUCCGCCUCCCCCUCCGCUCCUUCACCAUCUCCAAACGCUACUCCGACUUCACAACCUUCCACACGACCCUGCUCAACCAAGCCAACGCCGCGCCCCCAGCCCCUCUGCCACCGAAAUCCUGGCUCUCCUCGACCGUCAAGAACGCGACCCUCCGCGAAUCCCGCCGGCAAGCCCUAGAAACCUACCUCCGGGCCAUCAACGAAGCCGCCGACCCGCGAUGGCGCAAUUCGCCCGCCUGGCGCGCAUUCCUCAACCUUCCGAGCCUGGGCCCUAACGCCAACUCCCUCAACGAUCAUCACAGCAGCAACAGCAGCACGACGAGCGCGCGACUCCACGCCGCCAUCACGGACCCGGGCAGCAUCACGUCGCUGACCGGGGACGCUCCGAACAACACCAUCACGGACCCGACCCUGUGGCUCGACUGCUACCGCGACAUGAAGGGUCACCUGCACGACGCGCGGCUGCACCUGACCCGGCGCGACCAGGAGACCACGCCGCAGCGGCAGCACGAGAGCUCGGCGCGGGCGAAGAGCAGUCUUGUGCGCGCGGGGUCGCUGAUCGCGGCGCUGGAGGCGGGCCUCAAGAACUUUUCCACCACCACCGGCCAUUCUUCCGGGGAAGGCUCACCCCCCCGCCUCGGCGACGGCGAGCUCCGCCGCCGCCGUGACCUGCUCAUCAACGCGCGCAAGGAAAAGGACGGGCUGGAGGAUCUGCUGAACGCGAUGGCCGCCAAGAGCCGCAUCGACUCCGCCGUGGCGUCCAUCCAGGACAAGGAGGCGCUGAUGAAUCUCCCGGUCAAGGGGAAGAAGGCGGUGCGGGCGGCCGGGCGCGUGCUCGGGCGCGAGACGGAGCGCACCCGCGAGCUGGAUAAUACCGGGGUGCUGCAGCUCCAGAAGCAGAUGAUGCAGGAUCAGGAUGGCGCCGUCGAGGAGUUGAUGCGCAUCGUGCAGCGGCAGAAGGAGCUGGGCGUCGCGAUUAAUAAUGAGUUGGUCGUGCAGAAUGAGUUGCUCAAGUUGACGGAUGAGGAUGCUACGAGGUUGGGCGAUAAGAUUGAUAUUGGGAAGAAGAGGAUUGGGAGGAUCUCUUGAGUUGAGUUGAGUUGAGUUGGUUUGAUAUGGUGAUGGAUUAUGGUGGGUUGGGUUGGAGGGCUUUGUGAGUCUUUUCCAUCAGGUUCUGGAUCUGGGCUUUCGCAUGGUGAAUACCUUUGCAUAUGCAUGGCUUUUUUAUGUCAUAUGUCUUGUCUGUUUUAGCGGAUCUUGUUUCUGGUUGUUAUUGUUGCCGUUGUCUUGAUAGCGAUGACUUUCAUAUCGUCUACUUGUACUGUACCAAUGUAGUAAGCACCCGGCGCGCAUGACAUUCAUGUGGUAUGACAUGUUCGAUGAAUUCAUUUGUGGG